AUGAAUGAUCAUACAAUUGAUCAUCAAAAGCAAACAGUAACUAAAGAAGAAGAAAAUUUAAAAUAUCUUCCAUUUAAUAUUCAAUGGCUUGAUUCAAGUUAUCAGCAAACAUGUUUACCUGAUAGUCCAUGGCAAAAAAUUCUUGAUGAGCUUGAACCAGCCUUAGCAAAUACAGCACGUCAACAAUUUAAUAAUCCUGAACGUCGUCAAAUACUUAUUGAAUUACUUGGUAAAUUAUUUCAAUGGAAAUUAUUUCGAUCCGAACCCGAUACACCACAUAUAUUACUUCCACCUGUUAUGCCUGAAGAACAUCGACGUAAACUUGAAAAUGAAGCUAAAUCAUGGUUACAAAUUCAAACACAUAAAUCAGCACUUGAAAUAGGCGCAGCUGUAACGGAAGAUGAAGAUAUAAAUCAUUUAUCAAAUGAUAUGAAAAAUUUUCUUGAAUAUACAUAUCAAAUAGUACGUAAAUCACUUGAACGUUAUUUAUAUCAAGUACAACAAAGAGAAAGUCUUAAACAAGAAGAAGAGAAACUACAAGAAAUAAAUAAGAAAAAACAUCAAGAUGAAUUAACCGGGGGUACAAAACUUCGAUCAAUUUUACGUGAUACAAAGACUAAUUCAAAAAAAUUACCAAUGAUUGAUGGUUUGUAUGAAAUUUGA